AUGGAUCCAAAGUCGCCUUUUGAUUUAGUCCUAAAAGCGCUUGAAUUUUCCGUGAAAAGUGCCCAACGACCCGAUAUUCAGAUUUCGUCUGGCAAGUCCAGACAGCCUGAAUUUUCACCAACCUUCGUCCGUAACAACUUCUUAGACACGACAGUUCCGCUCAUCUGCUCGCUCCACGAACAAGGCGCCCUUCCAGCGCUCUUCUUCAAUUAUGACCGAGGUGCCUGCGAGGCGCUCUACAAACGGGCCAAGAAGGCGGCUCCGGUUGAUGUGAAGAAGGGCAAGAAGGGCAAUGACCAAAUAUCUCGAGAGGAUCGCAUGUGGGAAGAGGCAACUGCGGAAGCCAGUGUCUUUGAAUCUUUCGAUCCUGAAGCCCCAUUGGAGGGCUUUCAUCUUACCGACGUCAAAAAGCUCACGCCAUCCGAAUUUGAGGUACACGCUCAGGAACUGAGGAGACGCUUUGUCCCGGAACGGCUGAUCGCUGCCUUACGACGUGGCAUCGGUGUUCAUCGCGCUGGCAUGAACCGUAAGUACCGCCAAGUGUGUGAAAUACUCGUCCGAAAGGGGUAUUUACGGGUUGUUAUUGCCACUGGCACACUUGGGCUUGGUAUUAACAUGCCUUGCAGGACUGUUGUGUUCUCCGGCGACUCUAUCUACCUCACCGCGCUCAACUUCCGUCAGGCUGCUGGCCGUGCUGGCCGUCGAGGCUUUGAUGUACUUGGAAACGUUGUCUUUCAGGGUCUUCCCUACUCGAAAAUCUGCCGCUUACUUAGUUCAAGACUUCCAGAUCUACACGGCCAUUUUCCCAUCACGACUAGCCUGGCACUUCGCCUUUUCGCAUUGUUGCAUGAAUCGAAGCAGGCGCCUAAUGCGGUGAGGAUGGUCAACUCCCUUAUCUCAUGCCCACACAUCUACCUUGGUGGAGGAGAGGCGCGAGAACAUGUAUUGCAUCAUCUACGGUUCUCUAUCGAAUUCCUACGCCGCAAUCACCUUUUAGAACCAGACGGCGCGCCUUUAUACUUUGCAGGAUGCGUCUCCCAUCUCUAUUUUGUGGAGAACUCUAGUUUCGCCUUCCACGCGCUGUUGAAGGAUGGCUACUUCCAUGGUUUAUCUAGAGAUCUUGACACCCGCACCGAACAGAAACUCCUUACGCUGAUGCUGGUAUUGUCUCACCUUCUCGGACGCGACUCUCUGCCCUGGAAAAUCAGAAAACCGCAUUCAAAAGGUCGACUUCGGUUAUUGUCCUUCCACCCAUGCCUGGCAAAGCGGCUAAGGUGCUACGUCGCAGUAAUCGGGAGAUAUUUCAGACAUACAGCACCUAUGUCAAGACGUUUGUGGAUCAGCAUAUUACAGAGCCAGACUCACAGCAAUGUUAACGCGAUUGAAAGGGACAAUGGAAUUCGAAAUAGCGACAUUUGGUACUUGUUGAAUGACUUUUCCCUAGUCCUUGCAACGAUUGUGACGAGUUUUGAAAACUUCCUGAAGCUGGCGCCGGGCACGGAGGCGGAUAUAGCGGAGGUCAUGGGAACCGGGGACAUGCAUGAGGAAGAAGUGGAUGUGGGAGCAAUGCACGAUGGAUUUGGUGGCAUGGAACUUGGAAGCGCGGGAGGAGUUUUGAGCCGGCAUAUGCCGCAAACAACAACUGCUCGUUCCACCCCAGCCCUAAUGACUUCUGCAAAAACAAUCAAGAAGAAGAAGAAGAAGGUGGUGAGCAGCUGGGAAUAUGACGGUGUGGAGGAAAGUGGUGGUGAUGAAGAUGACGGUGCUCCCGCAGCGAGCGAUUUUUGGGACGAUGAUGAACCCGCGGCUCCAUGGGACGGAAUGGAUCGUGGUGGGAUCAUCAAUGUGCUGAAAGGAUUCAAGCUAUUACAGGCAGAGUUCAACACGAAGUUCAAGGGGAUGUGGGCCUAG